UGUUUACAUUAUGAUUCAAGAGAUAAGGGGUCAACGACUUUGAACUUGUAGCAUUUUUGACACCUAGCUAAGUUGGCACCACUGACGAUCAUUAAGCUAUAAUAACCUCAAUUUAGCCCCCAAAAAUCCACUUAAAAUGGGGGUCACAGUGUUACAACAGUUCCCCACAGAGAACCGCACGGGGCCCUCCACCAUUGAGCUCCUCUCGAAGCGAAUUUCCGCCCUGGGGGCCCUGCAACAGGGCCAGUUUCUCGUCGAUUGCGAAACGUUUACUUCUUGUGCCGCUUUGGGACACCAACGUACAGUCCACGUCCUUCACAAUUCCGAGCAGCCGGCGACUGUUUUUUCGAUCCUUGAGACAGGCCAAAAGACCAUUCCUCUCGCAACUGACGGCCUUUUUGAUCUCCUGAUGAUGAAAAUGUCCGGUUUUUACUCAUCAAAAAAACAGACUAAGGCCGAGUCGAAGGGGCCGCGAUACGAAAUCGGUGAUUUUUGUGUAAAAUUGGGAACAGUGACUGUAAGUCAGAACUUUCGGGGGGUUCUGGUUGAAGUAGAGUAUCGACCAUGUGUGGUGCCUGCGAUGUGUUGGGAGUUGAUGCGGGAGUUUCUGCAGGGGUUUUUGGGGUCGUCGGUGCCUGCAACGCCCCCACCGUAUUUGCAAAACAGGAUGCAGGAGUUGUAUACCCCCAUUGAUACAAUUCAUCAGUAUUUGGAGCAGUUUACGAUAUUUAGGAAGGCCCCCGGUUUAAGGCCCUAAUUUUAAGCUAAUUUAUUGUAAGGUUCAAAGUUUUUGUAAAGAAAAAAUUAAAUAAAAACAAUUUUGAGGUUA